AUGGCUGCUAAAAGGAAGAUUACAAGAAUCCCGCAACAAGUGGACGCCUCAUUGGACAAACCAUUAGACACCGAUGCCCCACCAACCAUCUUUGCCACUGCUUUGAAACCAGAAUACGCCACCGCUGCACUAAAUCUCUCUGUGGAUUUUCUCAAGCAACAACAGGCUAUCGCCAACAAGUACUUGAUCACUCACCCGAUUGUCAUCUUCAUCAUUGUGAUCAUGCUCAUCAUAUUUAUGACUCCACGUCUCACAUUCCCCACCAUGGCACAUUUCCAAUCCGUGUCAGGGAUGCUAUAUUAUUUUUGUCUGGUGAACAAGAAGGCCGUAUUGACUGCCUUACUUUUCACCGUCAUUGCUACUUCAUUCAUUUUCACUCUACUAUCGCGUGUCUCUGACUCGUACUUCAAAUUAAAGAUUGAUCAGAUCGUCAAUUGUAACGCGCUCACCAUCUUCAAUACCGACUUACAAAAACUACGUAACAAUACAGAGGAGGAAGAUGAAGAGACGUUGAAUAAUACCCAUAUCAUCGUGUAUAGAAACACUCCUAUUGCAUUAAUUAGCAUCUCCAAGAACAAUGCAUUAUCCAAGAAGAACGAAUCAUUGACGAUGAAUAUCAAUUGUUUGGGGGCCAGGAAAGUAUAUUUGCCCAGUGGGGUUGUGCAUGAUAUGAUCGAUUGGGCCAUGAUUAGAACCAAAGCCUUGUGUUCUGCGACUGGGGAGAAAGUCGAUUCGUUGAGGUUGAUCGUGGAGGUUUUUUCCUUUGAUGAAAAGAUGAAACAGAUCUUGCGUAGGAAGGGGUUUGUCUUUGUUCAGAGUGGGAAGAUCAUGGAGAAUAGGUUGCUUGGUGGGUUGUUUGGUGUCAAGAAGGAACUUUGGGGGUGUCAAUUCCGUUUCAAUAAUGCUAAGAACAAGAAGAAAUGA